AGCCCACAGCUCGAGCGGAAAAUGAAAGAGCUUUGACUUCUGAGUGAGCUUCCUGCCCCUUGCCAGCAGCGGUGGCAGCUGUUGUGUGUGCACCAGGAGGUGUCUGACCCGGGAAGCCUGAGCCGGCGAGGGGCCGCCCAGUGUGUCGCCCACGCAAGGUCUUCCGUUCACAUUCUGAGGGAAUCGCAAUUGUGUUUACAUUAUAUAAAAUGUAAAUUUUUAACUCUGAAGGAACUACAAUAGUCCGUUUUGAAUACUGGUAUUACUUGGACAAACACUGGAAUUCGUGAUUAAUGUGUAACUUGAAGUGUUCUCCGUUCCAGCGAAGGCUCAGUGCGGGCUCCGCCGGACUGCCCUGAUGAUUACGGUGCAGGAGAAGCCCCAGUGCCAGGGCGACCGGGCGGACGCGGGCGCGGGCCCAGCUGCAGGCCAUGCGGCGCGCGUGCAGGCUCUUAGUCUUCUCCUGGCUGGCUGCAGCACUUCGCCUGGAGAAGCCCUGCUCGUCUCCUGGAGAAGCCCACCGCGGAGCUUACUUCCCCGGGAAUCGCACCGCUUUGGAGGGCACGAGAUUCAGAAGAGCCGCCUCCCAAGGGCAGUACUGCCGACGUUUCGGCUGCUGUGAGGACAGAGACGAUGCCUGCGUCACUCGGUUCCCCGAGGCCAAUGCAUGGUGCUACUGCGACAGAUUCUGCGAGAGGGAAAAUUCCGACUGCUGCCCUGAUUACAAGGCCUUUUGCCAUGAGGAGAAACAGUGGCCUCUUCCCACGCAGCCUUGGCGUCCAGAAGGUUGCUUCAGAGAUGGGCAACAUUAUGAAGAAGGAUCAGUAAUUAAAGAAAACUGCAACUCCUGCACGUGCUCAGCACAGCAGUGGACAUGUUCCCAGCAUGCGUGCCUUGUUCGUCCAGAAUUAAUUGAACACAUCAACCAAGGGGACUAUGGAUGGACAGCACACAACUACACUCAGUUCUGGGGCAUGACUCUGGAGGACGGCUUCACGCUCCGCCUGGGUACCUCGCCCCCGAGUGCCGCACUCCUGGGCAUGAAUGAAGUGACGGCUGCUUUACCUGCCCAAUCUGAUCUUCCAGAGUUUUUUGUUGCUUCUUAUAAGUGGCCGGGAUGGACCCACGGACCCCUGGAUCAAAAAAACUGCGCUGCAUCCUGGGCGUUUUCCACUGCAAGUGUGGCCGCUGACCGAAUAGCGAUCCAGUCCAGCGGGCGGUUCACAGCCAACCUCUCCCCGCAGAACCUGAUCUCGUGCUGCGCCGGGCGCCGCCACGGAUGCCGCGGUGGGAGCGUCGACCGGGCGUGGUGGUUCCUGAGAAGGCGCGGGCUGGUGUCUCACGCAUGCUACCCAUUUUUCAAGGACCUAAAUGCCACCAAUGGGUGUGCCAUGGCCAGCAGGCCUGACGGGCGAGGCAAGCGGCAGGCCACAACUCCGUGCCCCAACCACAUCGAGAAGUCUAACAGGAUCUACCAGUGCUCUCCCCCGUACCGAGUGUCCUCCAACGAAACGCAGAUAAUGAAGGAAAUAAUGAAAAACGGGCCGGUUCAAGCCAUAAUGAAAGUCCAUGAAGAUUUCUUCUCUUACAAGACAGGGAUAUAUAGACAUGUUACCAGCACAAAUGAAGAUUCUGAAAAAUACCAAAAACUUCGGACACAUGCAGUCAAACUUACUGGGUGGGGCACACUGAGAGGAGCAAAAGGCAAAAAAGAAAAAUUUUGGAUUGCUGCCAAUUCCUGGGGAAAGUCAUGGGGAGAGAAUGGCUAUUUUAGGAUUCUUCGAGGAGUAAAUGAAUCUGACAUUGAAAAGUUGAUUAUCGCAGCGUGGGGCCAACUGGCAAGUUCAGAUGAACCGUAGUGUACUGAGGUUCCUAAGGUCACGUGAUUAACGCCUUCAACUGAAGCUUAGUGUGAUGGGUUCUCUGUGAGAGCGGAACCUUUGUCUCCCCACUCUGUGUAUAAACGUUCCUGUUUUCUAGUUUUACCCAAGGCUUGUACUCCUUCCUUAUAUUACUGAGUAUAUAUAAAAAUCUUCUAAUAAAGGGCAGCAGAGUGACUUAAUGUAUUUAAAUUUCCAAAGUUGCCUU